AGCUGGUCUUUUUUUACCUUUUUUUUUUUUCUUGAAAAAAUAUUAUCAAAAGAACAAAUAUGUCACUUUUUACCAAAGCCAUGAUACGAGCAACUUUAAGGACAUCUACAAGACCCAUUUUUCAACGUAGCUGUCAAGUAGGACUCCGUCGACGAUUGUUUGCCACUUCUUCUGAAGAAGCAAAACGACAACAAGCUUUUGGUCCUUUCACUUGGAAAGCUGCUGCCGCGUUUUUAGGUACAGGUGCUGGUUUAUUGAUCUAUUUUCAAAGCGAAAAAAAACGGGUGGAAGAAGAACGUAUUGCAAAAGAACAAGAAAAAACCAAGUCUUACGGUAAACCCAAGAUUGGUGCACCAUUUACUUUAACCAAUGCAGCAACUGGCAAGUUAUCUAGUAGUGAUGAUUUCAAGGGUCAAUUCUAUAUGGUUUAUUUUGGUUUUACACAUUGUCCUGAUAUUUGUCCAGAAGAAUUGGAUAAAAUGGCUGAAGUGGUAGAUAAUGUUAAGGAAGAUAAAGAAUUAGGAGAAGGCAUAUUGGUACCUGUAUUUAUUACUUGUGACCCUCGUCGGGAUAGUGCUGAAAUUGUGAAAGAAUAUAUUCAAGAUUUCCAUCCUGAUAUGGUGGGCUUUACUGGUGAUCAAGAAUCUAUUAGACAAGUAGCGAAAUCUUUCCGUGUUUAUGUAUCCUCCCCUCCUAAUGUAGCUGAUGGUGAAGAUUAUUUAGUGGAUCAUUCUAUCUUCUUUUAUUUAAUGGAUCCUGAAGGCAAAUUUGUGGAUUGUUAUGCAAAGGAUACUACUGCUGAUCAAGUCACUGAAAGUUUCAAGAACUAUGUUAAAGAAUAUGUAGAUCAAGGUGGCUCUCUAAAGGCUCGUUCUUCUUCUUCUUCUUAGUGUAGUAUAGUUUAAUUUAUGAUACUUUAAUUUGGUUUUUUUUUUUCCCUUCAUUUGUAGCUUAUAUAUUGAUGAUGAUAUAGAUUUCUCCCUUCUCUUUAAAAUUCUCAAUAAAAUAAAAUAGAUUCCUUAUUCUUC